UGUGGUCACACUGCGUUCAGUUCAUUCAGAUCUGUAUGCAUAUAUUCCUUCUCCUAAAAUAAGAAUAAAAAGUGUUUCCAGUUUUCCUAGCAAUAAAAUAAAUGCCUGGCCAUGCAAUCACACCCAGACAAAUUCCAUACUGCACACACGGUGCUAGAAACAUGGGAAAACAUUCCUCCAGUUGUGAAAUCGGCCACGACGGUGACUAAACAGAUUUGUCAGGUGUUUGGCAAAGACGAAGAAUAAAUUGACAUUGGAAUAAGAUUUUCUUGUUCCCUUCUUCUUUUCAUGGUGGUGGUGGUGGUGUCGUGAGAAAGUUUUGAGUGUCCUUUUAUAGCUGUGUGUGUAACAAGACCAGCUUUUUUGACAAUAAUGGAGAGAAGAAGAAUGCAAUAAAACAUUUCAAAAAUUUGAAAGAAACUCUGUCACGGUUGUUCAGAAAUAUUGUGUCAUUCAGUUCAUGUUUUGGGUUGAUUGAAUUAUUAGUAUUUUAUUUGAGACGACGGUAAAAAAAGAUUCGGCUCCUUUUUCGUGUGACAUGAUUCGUUUGAUGACCGUGACUUUUCGUAGCAAGAAAGUCACAACGACGAGUGUAGCGCUUUCUGCUGAUGCUAUAUCAAGGAGUACUUGAAUUGACCACUCCAUUAAGCGAUUAUCUCGAUAAUUGUGACCGCACCAACACCUCGGCACAAUGGAGUGAAACUCUCAUUUCAUUCCUUCCCAUUAUUACCACGGAGUAAGGAUGGUGCCCUUCUUUGGAGAGACCGACGAUGACGAUGAGGACGAAGACGAUCAUGACGCUGUUACAACAACCUCAGGAACACCGUCAGGAACAGAUUCGAGUACGGUUUUUUGGUCACAUGAGGAUUCGAUUGGGACAACAAUGACAUCUCCGCCUCUCUUGAUGCACAAUGAUGCCAACAAGCCGGCCAACAAGCAGCAGCAGCAGCAGCAAUACUACGGCAACAAUAUGUCUCACGACUCUUCCCACUUCUUUUGCACCGAUUAUUCCACCAACCCCAUUUAUGGCCGGGACACAAUUGGCGGCGAUAACAGCUUAUCCAACAAUAACAGAGGAAGACAAGAAUCAGGAGCAGCAGCAGUAGCACCACGACAACUUGGACCACUACCUCCGAGAAGUUGCUCCAUAAUUACCUCCCCGCACUUGGCCCAUUUGACCGAUCUGUGUUCCCCAUUGGGAGGAGGGGUGGAUAAUCAUCGUCAUCAUUCCACCACCCUGUUUUCGCUAUUUCAGGUGCAGGGACCCAGUGAGCGAGGAAGGAGAUGGGAUGGACAAAGUGAACCGCGGAGUGGUGGUGGCAGGGUCCUCGUCCGAGGUGACAAAGUCAACUCCCUGCAUGAUCUUCAUCUUCAUCAGCAUCAUCACGGCAAUAAGAAGCACCCCACAGCCAUUAGCAUGAGGAAAGGGGUCUCGUCUUCGAAACCAAAGAGGAAACCAAGGGUCCUCUUCUCUCAGACCCAAGUUUUCGAGUUGGAAAGAAAGUUUCAACAGCAACGCUACCUCUCCGCCAACGAGAGAGACGGACUUGCCAAGCAGUUGAAGUUAACUCCAAAUCAAGUCAAGAUAUGGUUCCAAAAUCGCCGCUACAAGUCGAAAAAGUGUCAAUCGCCGUCCCCAAUUCUAACCUCGGAAGAAGUCGAGUUGGUCGGCGGAGGAUGUGACACUGCUCCUGUUGUUGUCGGAUCGUCGCAGCAACAACAAUGCGUCUUGCAAGGAAAUGGUGCAAAUUUUGGCAUUGCAAAUACUUAUCCUGUCGACAAUAAUACUAUGGCCUACCCAACAGUAUCGGAUGAUGAGCAGAGUCAGAAUCGUGGAAUGAUAUCUUCGACCUAUACCAAUUUCGUGCCUUUAUCACAAUAUAAUAAUUAUAAUAAUGAGUCAGAUUCGACGUAUGCUUGUUGUUAUGCUACAAAUUUUCAUAGCAAUUUAUCCUCAGAUUUUAGAAAUUGUGUAGGAAUUCAGACUGACGACGCAGCUAUGUUGAGCAGUGGUGGUGGUGGUUUGGUAGAGAUGGCAAAUUCGUCGUCGUCAUCGUAUGGAAUGAUACAUGGCGAAAUUACUGCACAACCGAGUAAUAUGUUGGUCUGAUGAAAUUGUAGUUUAAUACCUAAGUUUUAGAAUCUAAGAUUUGGAGUUAUGCAUAUAUUACUUACUUAGUUUGUAUUGGAAGAAAUGUGUGAAUUCUCAUUUUGGAGACAAGAAUUUAGAGGAAUGUCGUAGUGUAAAAGAAUGUAGUUACUUAGCUAACUUAUCAAGUCAUUAUUUGCGUACUUUGAAUAAUUUGUUUGGACUUGAAACAGUAUUCUCUUCAUAUUUCAGUAAAGCAAUGUCCCCAGUCUAAGAUUAAAUUAAGCAUUAUACUAAAUUUUAGUGGGUUCAGUUUUACCCAAGUGCAAAGUGGACCAUGUUAGUAAGAAAAAAAUAGAAAUUUUAAAUAUAAAAAAUCCUACUUUCACCAUCAAAACAAUUCACCACCACAUGAUAAGUGAAAGGUUUUAAAAAUGUAUGUAUUGACAAUUUUGCUAAAUGAGUAUGUCAUCAUUUUUACGGAGUGAUGAUACAUAAACAUAACUGCUUUCACUAAAAUUAUUCAUAAUUGAAAUAUGACAAAUUACACACUUGUAUCAAUCUAACACAGCUUUAAUUAAUUUAGCCGUUUAAACUGUGUGGUUGCGAGCCAUUUCGCAAAAUAAAUAUUGAGAUUAUAUAUGUAUACACACA